GUCGAGUCGUUUCCGCAUUCAGUGGGUGAUAUUCGCCGUGUCAUGUGAACUUAAACCUUUGGGGUGGUUUAAUUUCCAACCCCCUGGGAAUCUUCAUCGAGGUCCAGAGGAUUACCGGCCGCUCCAGAGCUCUUUCCGGCGGGCGCGCUGACAGACUCGGGUCCGGGGCGGUCAGCCAUGGCGGACGAGGAGCGGUCACCGCUGCUGCCCGAGCAGCAGUACGCGACCAACGGCUUCUUCCCGGGGAGAGGCUCCGGCGGAUAUCCACAGAGUAUAGUGCCGUUCCCCAGCUUUGUGGCGCCCAAUGAAGCUCCGCCCCCGUACUCGCCCCAGGGCAGUCCAGACAGCAGCAGCGCGCCGGUCAUCAGCUGCCGGGUCUGUCAGACGACCAUCUCUGUGGAGGGAAAGGUGCAUCAGCAUGUGGUGAAGUGCAGCAUCUGCAACGAAGCUACGCCGAUAAAGAAUGCUCCGGUUGGAAAGAAGUACGUUCGCUGUCCGUGUAACUGUCUGCUGAUCUGCAAAGUCACAUCCCAAAAGAUCGCCUGUCCAAGGCCGUACUGUAAGCGUAUCAUCAACCUGGGACCAGUCCACAUUGGCAGCGACAGUCCAGAACCGCGCCACCAACCCGUCGGACUCAGAGUCAUCUGCGGACACUGUGCCAACACAUUCCUGUGGACGGAGAUUUCAGAUCGGACUUUGGCCCGAUGUCCACACUGCCGAAAAGUUUCUUCAGUUGGUCAGCAAUACCCGAGGAGGAGGAGCUGGCUGUGUUUUCUGCUCUUUGUUGUUCUGGCAGUGUCCACCGCUGGACUUUUGGUUGGGACGUGGAAGCCGGCGCAGCACUCUAAGGGCAUCUACGUGUCGUGGGUGCUGCUGAUUCUGUUAGCCGUUUUUACCUUGAUAAGAACCAUAUACUGGAGGUGUUUUAAGAUCAGCGACCCCGUGUCCAACAUCACAUAGAGAGGCCGUUCAGGAACUGAAAGGGAGACGUCGGUUCCUGUCGCAGAUCAAGUACCUGAUCAGGAUCACACAAGACAAGUGGUAAACGGUCUGAGAGUGGGUGUGGUAACCUUGAAAUGACACAGGAAGGGAAAACUAACUGAAUUUAGAGUAAAAUAUCUUUCUUGUGCUAUAAUGGGUUUAACAAAAUAAAAGCUGCUAGUUGUCCAAAAACGACACUGAGAUCUUGUUGAACAUUUUCUAUUUUAUUGCCGUCAUCAACUUUGAAAAGUAUUAAAAUAAAUAAAUGAAAGGAAUCUGAACUACAAAACAGGAUCAACAUCGUUUUAAAGUAACUUCUUGUGUCUUAGAGGUUUUUUUUAUGGAAGCUGGUUCAUUGAAACCACAAAUUAACUUUUUGGUUUCUCAAAUUAAAUCACGUUACAGCAAAAAAAAUUUCAUCAGGUUUAUCUUUAAUUCUCCAGGAUCACAUUGUAAGAAGUUUAUUUCCACAAGUCAGAAUGAUUUUUAAUACUUUUACAUAAAAUGUAACAUGUUUGUAGUUUCCUUUUAAAGCUGCAAUAUGGAACUUUUAUACAAUAUAUAUGUAUUUUUAAAUAUUUGUUGAACCUGUCAGUGCUGUCAAUCACCCUCCGUGUGCUGCUCUCUGCUAAGCCACAUCUAGCAUAGCCUGGUGUUGAAUGCGAAGGGCAGUUAGCAUGGUAACUAAUGACAGUGGAUAAACAUUUUCCUGUAACAGGAAGCUGUUUUUCCACCAUUAAAACAUUUAGCAGCUUGUUUACUAGGUUGAUUAACAGCGCUAAGACCCUCUUCCUCACUGAUUUGUUGUUUUUGUUCAGAACGAGCGCGUUUCUCCAGACAGCAAUGGUAAAUCUGUCUUUUCACAGAUUGUCUGUCUCAUAUUAAACUGUCACAACAUGGAGAAAGUUUUAACAAAUAUGUAAAAAUCUAAUUUUAAAUAAAAGUUCCUUCAGCUUUAAGGACUUUAUUUACUUUCUAAAGUGUUUUGACAACAAAUUAAUGGUGUAUUUAAACCUCCUUUAAUCAGAUUAAUCCAUUAAAAUAACAUCAAAUAUCAAAUCGACAUGAGAUUUAGGGAGAAAUUGAUCAUGAAUUUAAUCAGUUUCACAUUGUUUCCCCUCCAGUUUUCCUUCUUCCACAGAUAAAAAUAAACUGGUAUCAGGAUUAUCUCUGUUUAAUAUGAACUCAUUUGGGAUCUAAUCCCAACUCUAAGUGAAAGCAGAAGAUGGUAAAAUCUUCUCAUAUCUCAGCUGUUCAUGUUAAUGAACUCGGAUCACAUGAAGAAACGUUAAACCUGUUGAGCCUGCUUUGUGUAAAAGUCGUGAGAUUCCUCUGAUUGGUUCUUUUGACUUAUGGAUGAAUCAGGAUUUUUGUUCUGCCGGAUUAUUAGAAAAUACGAUGAAAAAUGAAAUGAAAACAGGAAGUAACUGAUGUUUUGCUGAACUGACAUGUUUUCAAUGGACAUAAAAACAAUAGUUUAUUUGAUGCCGUCAUUUCAAUUUUACCAACCCAAAUACAAACGUUUGUCUACAGAUUUACACAUAUUGAUGAUAAAUUGAUGUUUUAGUGCUUUACUUUUUACCGGGAGUUAAUUUAAAGUAUAAAUGCUCUUAUAGAAACCACUUGGCAUAGAAACGUCUCUAAAACCGAAGCUCAAAUUGAUCCCACUAACAGGAUAUUAAUGUGUUUUUAUUGUCCAGUACAGAGUUCAGGUCUAGCACUGGAGCUUAAAAUAAAAACAUCUGAAGUUGUAUAAAAAAAUGAUCUAAAAGCUGAGUUGACUUCUUUAAAGAAACAGUCAAACUUGAACUGAUAAAUGAAGGUUUAAUGUGUUUAAGUAAUUUAUGGUUUCUUCUAAAACAAGAAGAUGUCAAGAAUAUUUUACCUCAUGAAGCCUAAAUAAACAGAAAAUGUAAAAUAUGAAGCAUUCGAAGAAACAUGUGUUUCACUUCAGCGGCAUUGUUUAUUUAAUGUAACCAUUUAAAUUGAUUUAUUCGCAGAUUAGAAGGAAUUAAGUAAAUUCUUGUUUUGUUACCAAUGAAAGGCCUUUGCUCAGUUUAGUGUAAAAAAUAUCUUAAUUCAGUUUAUUUAAUGUGUAAAUAAGAAGGAUAAUUUAUAGGUGAAUGAUUUUGGGAAUCUUUAAGUUAAUUAUAAUCUUGUGUUUAUUAGCAUGUAGACACCAGAUUCAUCUCAUACAGGGAUUUUGAACAUAUCUGAUUUAUUUGUGCUUUUAUUUUAUUUUUUAUUUUGUUUAUCCAUAAAAUCAAACUUGUCAGAUUUUAUUUCAGUCAACUUUCGUCUUGAAAGUUCAACUCUGAUCUGAAUCUGAUUAAAUUUAAUGUGUGGAAAUAAGUGCUAAUGUCUCUGUGAAAAUGUAAAUAUUUCAGGAGUUUCUGCUGCCCCCUUGUGUUUGAUUGCUGUAUGUACCUGCUGACUGUGUCAUGUUGCACUACUACAUUGUACUGAAAUACUACUCCUGUACGGUUCUCACUGUAUUUUUGGUGGAUGGAUGCUUUAUUUUGUAUAUCGUGAAACAAAGUAAUACCUUUAACAAA